GGUAGAAUUAUAUUAGUCUAUGACUGAAACAUUUUUUUGUUUGUUGUUUGUUAUUUUUUAAUUGUGGCGUGGUUUGGCGUUGCGGUAUUUCGUGUUUUGACGACUAUAUAAGUUUGUAAUUUUUAUAAAAUCGUACCUGUUCUUCUAAACAGAAGUCAAUAUGAGUUAUUCAGUGAAUAACAUAUUUACAGCUUUUCAAGAGUAUUUGAACUCAGAUCAAGACCUGAGAGAGGAAAUACGCACAAUUGUGAAGGAUAUUGAGCAGUCGUCUCGUGAAAUGCUAACAACUCUGCAGAGAAUUCAUAGUGAAGGUGGUCAAAAAGAAAUUGCUGCCAUCUGCUCGGAUGCCAGGAAGCUGCUGGGGCCUGUGCGUGGGGGCUUUGCCAAGCUGUCGGAGAAGAUCCCGUACCAGACGUACUACCGCUACAACGACCACUGGAGGUUCGCCACCCAGCGCCUCACGUUCCUCGUCUCGCUGAUCAUCUACCUGGAAACGAGCAAGCUGGCCACCCGGGAGGAGGCCGCCCAGGCUCUGGGGGUACAAAUUGAACGUGAGAAUGGCUUUCACCUGGACUUAGAGGACUACUUGUUUGGACUGCUCCAAUUGUCUUCUGAGCUUUCUCGUCUUGCAGUCAACAGUGUCACCUAUGGCGACUACGCUCGACCAAUCGAACUGUCUCGUUUUGUGACGGAACUGAAUGCGGGAUUCCGUCUCCUGAACCUCAAGAAUGACAACCUCCGUAAAAGGUUCGAUGCUCUCAAGUACGACGUAAAGAAAAUCGAAGAGGUUGUGUACGACCUAACCAUUCGCGGCCUCAAGCCAGAGUUGGUAGCACAGCAGGCGAGCAGUCACGAAGAACACGCCGGGGUUGUUCUCCAGCAGUAAGACCUUCAGAUGUAACGUGUGUUGUGUCAGUGCUGUACGCUACUUGAAUAUAAUUUUAUGUGGGUGCUUUUUACAGCGUUCAAUCAUCGUAGCAUAGUCGUCUAGUUCUAGAGGUUGUACUCUAAAAGGAAAUGCGUGAAGGUUUUUUUUUUGUGACCUGUGUCAGUGGUGCAUCAGUGCGCAAAAAUGUGUUUAGUGAAACAGCAAUCUGUGUUCAGGGGCGUACGCAGGGGAAUGGUGAUGAAGGGGAUAUCCUCCCCCACCCGAAAUCCUAAAAAAAUUCUUUAAAAUUCUAUCAUUCCCACCAACAAAAGGAAAGAAUUUGGAAAAAAAAACAGCUGGCAAAGUGUUUUACUCCUCCCCACUCCUCACCCUCACCCCACCCCACCCCAAAAUGAAAUUCUGCGUACGCUUGAGUGUGUUUCUGUGAAGCAUUUUAAGACAUUUCUGACACCUGUGUGUCACAGACUUCCGUUAUACUCGUUUUUAAGUUUGUCCAACAUUACGAAUGGGUUUUUAAUCAGUGUUUUGUUUGAUAUGAAUUGUACUAGGUUUUUUAGAUAUAUUUUUUUUCAAGCUUAGCUUGGCGUAAUUUUUUUACAACUUGGCAUGAGACUCCCCUUGUUAAGAACUGUAUUUUUUUUACCCAUUUCUAUAAUUAUAUAGACCUGCAAAUGUUUCCAAUAAUGAAAACAUUAUUUAUUUAUAUCCAUUGCAAGUAAAUUAGAUUUUUUAGCUUCAUGGAAGGGAAAUAAUGUAUAAUGAUAGUCAAAUUCCAUAUUUAAAUAUGGUUUUGAAAUCUGUAUUCUUCAGCAUUCUUUGAAUUCACAUAGUUUUAAGCUCAAGUUAUGUUCGUAACUGUGUGAAACCUUGCUAAAGUAAUAGUUACCAAACAGAUGUUAACAGUGAAGAAAUUGUUGGUUUCAUGAAAUAAUGUAAUUUAAAUCAGUCUUAUUGUAUUAUAUUCUUUUAACAAAGUUUGUAUUAAAAAGUAUCUUUAUAGACCAAUAGUUCUCAAACUAUUUGUUUUGGAACAUUUUAUUAAAAUUAUUGUAUUUUAAUUUGAAAGAAUUUUUCGUCAUACAAAAUGCUAGAGUUAAAGAAAUAGGUGGUAAGAAUAUUAUAUUUGGUUUGCCAAAUUUCCCCCCUGAUAUUCAAGAAGCUAAGAAUGCAUUCAAUUGUGGAACUACAGCAAAGAUCUACAUUCUAUUUAUUUAUUGGUGGAAAGAUUGCAGCGAGCUUCAAAGCAUGCCUGUAUAUUAAGUUUAGUUGUGAUGUUGAGUAAAUGGCAUCUGAAAUGAGACUAUUUUAUGGUCACUUUUUUUUUCUUCUUCAAUGGGUAUGUAUUUUUACUAAAAUCCAUUUAUUUAUGUUUAAAAAUUUGCAAUGAAAGAAUGGGUCAUUUAAUGGUUGGCAAAAAAAAAAUAAUGGUUUUAAAAUGUUGAGAAUUUUUGUAUACCAUACAUCUUAUAACACAGUUCUAGUGUAUCAUAUUAAAAAAAAAUAUUGUAUUUUAAUUUUUAUUGUAUGUUAUAAUCAUUCACGUAUUUAUAAACUUUUAUAUACAAACAAUUAUUGUGUUGUUCUAUUUAGUCCUACAAAAUUUAUGUAUGAAAGCAAGUGUUUUAAUUGCAGCUGUUAUGACAUUAUUAGAUUCACUCAUAAAUAUGUUCUUAGUGU